AUCCGGGGGUCGGUUGAACGAUGAUGCUGAUGAUGAUGAGCAGCAGCAGCAGGAGGAGGAGGAUGAUAACGGACAGCGGAAUGGCCGCGGCUGCUUAUUAAAAGAAAAAAAAAAGGCCGUUGCUUUCUUCCCUAUCCCCAUGCAGGCCUAAGAAUUGAUUUGAGGCUAUUUUUAUAUUAUAUACAUUUUAGAUAUUUUUAAACCCCUCCCCCCCCCCCCCCAAAAAAAAGAUAAAUCCCGAUCGGUGAUGGAGCCGGUGAGCAGCGGCCGGGCGAUGGUCGUGAACGGUUACCAUGGAGGUGGCUGCUCGCUGCAGGAAGAGCCAGAGGAGAAGCAGCAGCAACACCACCAGCACCGAGGGAAAAAGGCUGCCGGCCAGCAGAAGCAGCAGUGUCACCUCCACCAGCAACCACAGGAGCCCGAGGCGGAAAAGCGCAGGGCCGGCUGCUCGGAGAGGGAGAGGGACAGGGACCGGGCGCCGAGCACUAGCCGGUGGCUACAGCAGCGUCGGGAGACGGUCAAGAAAAACAGGCCCCCUUUUCCAUGGUUUGGCAUGGACAUUGGUGGAACUUUGGUAAAACUGGUUUAUUUUGAACCAAAGGACAUCACUGCUGAGGAAGAGGAGGAGGAAGUGGAAAAUCUGAGGAGUAUACGGAAAUAUUUGACCUCCAAUGUGGCCUAUGGAUCCACAGGCAUCCGUGAUGUUCGUCUUGAACUCAAAGAUUUGACAAUUUGUGGACGCAAAGGCAAUUUGCACUUCAUAAGGUUUCCUACUCAGAACAUGCCAGCAUUUAUUCAGAUGGGCAAAGCCAAACACUUUUCUAGUCUUCACACAACACUCUGCGCUACUGGAGGCGGGGCAUACAAAUUUGAGCCAGACUUGCGUACAAUUGUUAAUCUGCAGCUUCGAAAGCUGGAUGAACUUGAAUGCCUUAUCCAUGGAACGAUAUAUAUUGAUUCAAUAGGCUUCAAUGGGUGUCCAGAGUGCUAUUAUUUCGAGCACCCAACAGAUCCAGAAAGAUGUCAGAAGAUGACAUGUGCUUUGGAUAAUCCGUUUCCUCUCCUGCUGGUGAAUAUUGGAUCAGGAGUUAGUAUUCUUGCUGUGUACUCCAAGGAUAAUUACAAGCGGGUAACUGGCACCAGUCUUGGAGGUGGGACCUUUCUUGGCCUGUGCUGUCUGCUGACUGGUUGUUCAACCUUUGAAGAAGCCCUUGAGAUGGCAUCACGUGGGGAGAGUACGAAGGUGGAUAAAUUAGUAAGAGAUAUCUACGGUGGAGACUAUGAUAGGUUUGGACUUCCAGGCUGGGCUGUGGCAUCUAGUUUUGGGAAUAUGAUGAGCAAAGAAAAACGGGAAGCGGUGAACAAAGAAGAUUUGGCUAGAGCUACUUUGGUCACCAUCACAAACAACAUUGGCUCCAUAGCCAGGAUGUGUGCACUGAAUGAGAACAUUAACAGAGUGGUGUUUGUCGGUAACUUUCUAAGGAUCAACACUUUGUCCAUGAAAUUACUGGCAUAUGCAUUGGACUACUGGUCAAAGGGACAAUUAAAGGGGCUCUUUAUGGAACACGAGGGUUAUUUUGGAGCGGUGGGUGCCUUGUUAGAGCUUGUCAACUCCAUUUGAAUCUUCAGGAAAUUUCCUUAUGCCUUAUGUUCACUUAGUUUGCAGUUCCUCCAACAUGGCUGCACUUGAAGAGAAACCACAAGUAUUUUAAUUCAAGUUGUAAUGUUGUGAGAUUCCUCCGAACUCUGUUUUUUAGGGAGGAAGGGGCUGUUUUUAAUCUAUUUUAAAUGAGCACCUUUAUAUAGUUUGUAAGCAUCUGCACUUCUGCCUUUAUAUUUAUUUCUGCAAAGUUUUUCCAACUCAAAAGAGGCAGUUGGGAAUUACAUUAUGUAUGCGUCUUACAUUUGUUUUCCUUCUGUACUUUUGGGAGUCUCGGAGAAUUAUUUUUCUAAACUUAAAAAGCUAUUUUGUUAAAUAUUAGCUAUGUUGUUAAAUAUUACAUGUGGACAUCUGCAUUUGCAAGAAAAUCCUAGCAGGAUUGAAAUAAUUUAAAAUUCAAGUGUUGUGGGGGAUAGCAAUGUCAUUUUAGCCCUUAAUUAAAUUAACUGGUGAUUUAAAAUUUUAAGUAUUCCUUGAGUUUGAAACUUCACUGAACCGGUGUGGUUUAUGAUGAAUGGUAAAUUGAAAUUUAUUUAUAUAGAUAUAGGAAAUAUAAAUACAGCUUGUAUACUUGUGAUUUUAUCAUGCAUCCGUUCAUUAAUAUUUCCAGUUUUCUUUUUGACUUAAAGCCUGUCAAUUCCCACCAUCGUAUCACUGUCCUAUCCCCAUCAAAUACAGUGGGGUCCAGAACCCUGGCAUUGCUGUUGGCAUGUGGGAGAUGCUUGGGUUCACUGAGCUCUGAACUUCAGUCAUGCAUAGAAUCAAGGCUUCAAGUUUGAAAUGCAGUGUGGCUCCAUUGUACCCUGCUUCAUUUCUCUUUUUUUUCUAUGAAGAAGAAUUGACUGGCCAUUCCUUUUUAAUAGUCAUUGCUAUUUAAACAUGCAACAAUGACACAAGUUGUUAACUAUGUGUUAGUACUCUAUAAAGAGAAUGGAAUGUAUUACCAGCUCCCCAUUAUAUAAGUGGUAGAGCCAGCCUCAGAUUGACCAAUGUCAGGGCUAUAACACAUUUAUAGAUUUCUGAGAACCACUGCAAGCUGCUUGAGCUCUGUUAUGGCUUAUGGCUCUGAACCCCUUGCUUCAAUUACUGUAUUGUAAUUGCUCCUAGGUGUCUCAUUUUAUUCUCUAUAAUUUGGUUGUUCUGGAAAAAAGUAACGAGUCAAAUGUUUAAAGUGUGUAUUGAAAUGAUGCUGCGUAUUCCACAACACCUUUAUUUAUUUGUACUACACGUUAAAAAAAGAAUAAAUAUAUUUUGCACAUAG